GUCGGACCUUAUCUGAUGGAACACAAAUAGCAAGCAGCCGGAAAUGUGAGCAUUGGAGCUGCAAAUUAUUGCUUUUUCCCCCUUUAUCUUCAUUAGUUUGCGGUUGCAGAAGAACGAAAUGGACGACCAAAGCUGUCCGAGAUGCAAAACCACAAAAUACAGAAACCCUUCUCUCAAGCUAAUGGUGAACGUGUGUGGACAUACGCUAUGUGAGAAUUGCGUGGAGAUGCUGUUCGUCCGUGGCUCCAGCAACUGCGUGCAGUGCGACACACCCCUGAGGAAGUGCAACUUCCGCGUGCAGCUCUUCGAGGACCCCACCGUGGACAAGGAGGUCGAGAUCCGCAAGAAGGUGCUGAAGAUUUACAACAAGAGGGCUUGUGACUUCCCCAGCCUGAGAGAAUAUAACGACUACUUGGAGCAAGUGGAAGACGUAGUGUUUAACCUUACAAACAAUGUUGAUGUGGAGGACACCAAGAUGAGGAUGGAGCAGUACCAGCGGGAGAACCGAGACAUAAUCCAUAAAAACAAAGCCAAACUUACUCGAGAGCAGGAGGAACUGGAGGAGCUGCUCCUGCUGGAGCAGCAGGGCAACGAGCAGCGAAGAUUGGAUGUGCUGCAGGAGGAGCAGAGGCAGCUGCUGGCCAAAAAGAAGAACAAGCAGGCUCUGCUGGAUGAACUGGAAAAGUCUCAGCUUCCAGCCGCCGUCUUGCUUGCCCAACACAAGGCCCGUGUUUCCCAGCUGGAGACGGAAAUCGAGCUGCAGAAACACAUGGUCAAAACCACCAAUAUUUUUUCAACGGGAAUUCAGAUGCGUCAGACAGUUUCUCUUCAAGCUGUACCCAAGUUAGAAGAAGCCCUUUACCACUACCAGCCCCUCCAAAUUGAAACCUUUGGACCGCCAGUGCCAGAACUGGAGCAUCUGGGAAGACUCGGUGUUGCCGCCGUGCUGCAGUUCCUUUCAGCCGGGAAACCCACCAUCAGGUCCAGCUUCCUUGUUCUCAUGCUGCUGCUGCUUCUUCUCCCCCGGCGCCGACUCCUCUAGUGAGUCCCGAUCCGUUUUUUUUAAGUUCAGACGGCAGGCUCACGUUGAGAGAGGCGAUGCUGGUGACUGGAGGCGCCAUGAUAUCACCCCUCUCUCCCCUCCCUAGUCUUUCUACAGCACCCUUUUCUCUCAGCAAGGCGACUCAUUUACAAGUAAAGCCCAAAUAGUCAGGGAAUAUAAUGGCACUUACCACAACGUACCUCACAGUAUCCUAAUUUUUUUUUUUUAUUAUUAAUAUAACUUAUAAUACAUGUUUUUGAAUUGUUAUUUUGAGAUUUUGGGGUACCUGAAGGGUUAAUUCUGAUUUAAGGUGAAAUUCUGGUUACAUCAUCGUCUAUAACCCGGACUACCUGUAGUUAUAUUUUAGUUAUUUCAAAAUGUGGUAGUCUUCUUUAGUUUUCGUCUGUAAACAUUCCACAAUUUGGAAUGAACAUUGACAGACGAGCAUAUAUUGUAGCGUCUGCAAGGACUACGCCAACUACGAGAGGGUUUUCCAAUACAGUGGUACCUCGACUUAACAAACGUCUUUGCAUACAGAAUUUUCAGGUUAAGACACACCUCAACGGUAAAAUAUUGCCUCUUGUUACGAAAUACAGUAUGGCUGGCACUCACAGCUUCCAGAGUUUCUUGAAUGUAACAUACUUAUAGCUGCUCUGCCAUUGGCUAUUGCCUAACAUUCCUGGUGUCCAAUUGUCUAGGAGGGACCUAGGGACCUAUCUAGGUGUAUGUGUGUAUCCCAGUGUCCUCUUCAUUCGCCCCGUACUCUAGUCUUGGUUUUUUUACAUUAUGCAAACUUCUGAUUUUAGGUUUAUUGUGCAAUAAUCUAAUUGUAGGAUUUAUUUGUUACAUGUUUUUAUGCAUUAUUAUGCAUUAUAAAAGAUCUUUGUCAGCAUUAUGGGGGGCUUGGAACAGAUUAGAGCAUUUACACGAAAGACGCGUCUCGACUUAAAGAAUUUUCAAGUUACAAAACUACUUCCAGAACCAAUUGAUUUCAAAAGUAGAGUUACAACUGUAGUUUUAAAACUGGAAGCACAGAGCAUUACUACUGUAAGCCUUAGCCAACAAAACCAAAACAAUACAACAACAGUUGAAGAAGAUGCUCACUACGCUGAAGUUAAUGAUAAUGGUAACGCGAUUGCUAUGCUAACGCUACAAGUUACAUUUAGUGUGUGAUAAUCACUCAGCAUUGACCUUCAAAGGCUAAAGCCACGUACAAAACGACCGUAAUUUCCCGAAUAUAAGGCGCAUCCCAAAUUUACUUGUAAAAUCUAGGGAAAAUUAUUAUCCCCGUGUAUAACGCGCACCCUAAUUUUAGCACCAAUAAAUAGAAGAAUACAAGAAAACAGAGCUCGUGUACAGAAACAGAAAUGUCAUUUCACUGACUGGUGAAACACAGCACAAGCAUAGCACAAUGGUAGUUCAAAACAUUACCGUAAACUGACAAUAUGUACGGUAAUAAUAUGAUCUGAUAACUUCUUGAACUUAACCAGAAUCCAGGAGAAAACAAAACAGAUGUGACUUUCUUUUUAAAGGCUGCUGUAUAACUUGCUCGUUUCAUCAUGAUGAAUAAAUGUUUCCUCCAUAGAUUGAUACGGUAAAAUGAAAGAAAGAACGUAAGUCGGAAAGCCGAGAGAGCUCAUCGCUGUCGAUGCGACAGUAACAAUAGGAACUAUUGUUAUUUGGGUUGGAGUUUCCCAAGGGACAGAUAUAGUUGACGGACACAGGAAGUCUGUGUUGUCACGUUUGUUAUGGUCCGAGUUGUGGAAGUGCAAUAAACUUUGACUCAAAUGAGUUCAAGAAACUAAAUUCUGUGCUUUAUGAAGAGUGAAAAAAGCAGAAUUUAACACAAACGAAAUUCUUCGGCCGAUCAGAGUGAAGUAUUACCGAAACAAAAUGGUAAUGUCACAUACCAUAAUGGUAGGCAACGGAUCGCCGCAUACGUU